AUGAAAAUGACCGCGGCAGAGCGCCUGCAGCACGUCCGAAACUCCAUUACGCGGCUCAAGUACGUUUGUGAGAGGCAACACCACACCGCCGCGCUUGAUCAGGCGGCUGAGGCCUCCGUCAUGUUGUUCUUCGAACGGCUCCGCAAGAAGCUGCCGAGGAUCGAGUUCAGCCGUAGCCAUAUCGGUACCCCAGAGACCGGCGGCCCGCGACAUCUGCAGUACAUUCUGAAAGAGGUGAGGCAACUCAUGAGUACAGCGCAGGAGCUGGUGCGCGACACCGCGAACGCCUCCGCGACGGCUACUGCCAUUUAUGAGGGCAUGCAGCACCAUCAUGUGCAGGAGGCCAUGGCGGAGCUGGAGGAGCUGUCCGUCCUCCUGGCAGAGCACCCCAACGAGCAGCCGAGUCGCGUUAACAUCGAUCUCUUGGCGGACCUUGUCGCGCUCCACAUCGACGAGUUCGACGCCUUCAUGGCGCUGCGCGUCGAGGCGUUCGUGAAGGAAAUGCAAAACGAGGGCGCCUUCUUCACCGGCCCGGUCAUGACGGAUGCCUCUCAGAAGGCUACACCGAUCGGCGUGUGCUCAGCGGUGCUUCUGGACGUCGCGGUCGGCGUGCGGCCAGGGCACUCCGCUAGCAUUGUGCUCGACCAUGCGCGGCAUAACAUCAAAAAGGUUGAGAACCGUCUGCAUGCUGCAGACAUUGCGCUGCAAGACUGCCAGCCAGUAGGCGAGGCUGCGGCUGUAGAGCAGCAAAGAGAGCAGGCGGAGGUGCAGCGUCGCGAGUUCACGAUCAUGAAGGAGCGCAUCAGUUAUGCCCUUCGCGAGUUGGACUGCGUUCAGCAAACAUGGCGGGAGGAGGAGCAGAGCAUCUUCACUCGUGCCACCUCCGGUAGCCACGACCUGGUGGUGCUUAUGCAGACAAAACACCUGCGCGAGGCGGAGGUGGUCGAGGAGGUACAGCUGCUGCACGACAAGACAAUUCACGCUUGUCUGCCCUUCGCCACCCCGCAGUAUCACCGCCGCUACGGCGAGACGUACGGCCAGCCUUGCCACAUCCGCCUCGGCUUCCACUUCCUGCCGGACGAGAACACUGCAGCCGAGCUGGCCGCCGCUUCUGGAUCGACCAGCGCCGCAGCGCCGUCCUCGCUCAUACUGCGUACCCUCUCCACGGAGUACUUUGCGCUGAUGCGUCAGCUGCGCGUCGCUCCUGCCGACUACGACACCUACGACUACCUUGUGCCGAGCAAGGAGCAGUUCUGGGUGAACUUUGCGAGCUUCCCGGAGAUGGUGAAGGGAGCUCGCUGCGCGCUGCGUAACGUCGACGCCCGCCUCGACCACUUUCGCGCGCUGGAGGAGCAGAAGGAGGUGGGCGGCUACUUCAUCAUGAACGGCGGUGAGCGCAUUCUGCGUGCGUUGCUCAUGCAGCGCUGCAAUGUUCCCAUCAAUAUCUUCCGUGAGCGGUUCGCCACCCAGGGUCCACACUUCUCCGCCAAGGCCGUCGUCAUUCGCUGCAAGCGGCCAAGCGGACUGACGGCGCAGAACUACUUCUACUACACCACUCAGGGAGAGGUGAUCUUCUCGUUUGCGCGAAAGGUGGUGUGGCAUCUGCCGGUGCCGCUGCUUCUCAGCGCUAUGAGUACGCAGAGCGUGUCGGCGGUGGAGCUGCAGCGGCUGCUGACAAUUGGCAUGCCAGAGGGCAGCCACGCUGCCCGUGUCGAGGCGCUCCUCCAGCACCACCGCGGCAAGCCCUACGGUGAUCUGCGGCACUUUACCGACUACAUCACCGUUCUUGGACGCAUGUACCGAGAGUACCACCAGAACUCAUCUACGUUUCACUUUCUGCCGCUCUACGCGAAGGGCUCGACGUGCCAGCACGACGCGUGGUAUGGCAUGUUCAUGCUGCGGCGCCACAUUCUGCCGCACCUCAACAGCUGUGAUGCGGCCACGCCGGAUCUUGCCCCCGGCGCCACUGCGCAGAUGCUGGUGGCGUGGCUGUCACCGGCGCUUCUUGCAGAGCUGGACCGCAAGUUCGACGCGAUGAUCGCCAUCACUCGGCAGCUGUAUCUCUUCAUCGACGGCGCUGUCGAGCAUCAGGGUAACGACGUUCCGGCUUAUCAGGAACUCUUCACCGUUUCGCAGGUGCUAAUGGGUGCCUUCGAGGUGUGUCUGAACCGAUACAUGCGUGGCUUUGUCUACCGCCUCGCACGCCAUCUGCCUGCAGCACUCUUUCAUCGCAUCCUUUCCCUGCGCACUCUGCCUCCCGUCGACGCCGAGGAUAUCGUGCGGCAGGUGCGUCAAUUUGCAGAAUUUUGUGGCCGGCACGGCGGCAGUGACCCGCUCGAUCAGCUUCGUCGUCUGCUUGUGACAGGCAACCUCAACCUCGACCGAGAAGAGGACUUCUACUGCCCGCAGACGUCUGGCUGGGUGGUCAUGGCGGAGCACCUGAACUUCUACCGCUUUUUUGAGCAGCUGCGCUGCGUGCACCGUGGCAAGACGAUCGCCGACAUGCGCUCGAGCGAGGUGCGUAAGUAUCCGUGUGAGGCGUACGGCUUUAUCUGCAUGGUGCAAAGCCCCGACGGCGAGGACUGCGGUGUGCUGAAUCACCUGAGCAUCUCGAUGAUCUCGUCAAACUCACCAGAUGUGGCUAUGACAGCGCAGCUGCGGGAGAUGGUAUGCAAGGCGGUGCCGAACGUACGCAGUCGCGCGACGCGCAGCUCGGUGGUGGAUCAGCUUUGUGAGACAGUGCCGGUGUGGAUGGAGGGCGAGUUGCUCGGCUACCUGAGCCCGACGGACGCUAUGAAGGCUGCAGCAACGCUUCGCCAGCUCAAGGCACUCACGCUGCGCUCGCAGGUGCACGUGAGCGGCAUCGUACGCCGCAAGGAUGCGUCGCCCCUGCACACGCUGGAGGUGGUGUACGUGGCACCAGGGAGCAGGGACCCGGCGGGGUUGUACGUCUUCUACGACUGCGGCCGUCUCAUGCGCCCUGUGCAGCUGCUGGAGUCGUCAGUGCGCACAGGUGCGACUCACCUCCCCUUCCCGCUUGUGUUCAUUGGGACCUGGGAGCAGAGCUGGGCGGAUGUCGCCGCCGUCCCAAGCGACCCCCUCGACGCCGUUGUACAGCUGAACCGCAAGUAUGAGUACAUGGAGCAGAACGGCACCAACUUCAUUUCCCUCACCUCAGCGACCAUCCCCUUCUUCGAGCACAACUGUUCGCCGCGCAACCUGUUCCAGUGCGGCCUUAGCAAGCAGUCCUCUGGAACGCAACUGCAGGCUCUGGCGUGGCGCAAGGAGGCGAAGCUGUUCCGCACCUACUGCCCGCAGCGCUACAUCAGUCGUACCCUUCCCAUGGACUACUACGGCCUCGACGACGUGAACCUCGGCGUCAACGCCGUGAUCGCCAUUCUCGCAUACACCGGCUAUGACAUGGAUGACGCCGUCAUCAUCAACACCACCACCACCCAGCGCGGUAUGCUGACGGCUGGCGUCACGGUCGCCAAGAUUGUGACCGCAGCCGGCAGAGGCUCCGACAAGGACGACGUCUUUGUGUUUCACAACUUGCUCUCCACGGGCGAGCGAUUCACUGCCCAGUUGGAGGCUAAUGGGCUGCCGCCGAAGCGCGUGAACGCGAGCCUAGAAGCCUUUUCCUUUGACCGAGACCACAAGUACCCUGGACUUCGGGACAACAGCGACGUGUACUGCUGCGCUAAGCGGGUGGAGCGGGUGGACCCGUUCACGAACAAGUCUAUCUACGAGUACACGCGCCACCACGCCACUAAGUGGCGCCACUUCGACAAGGGCGAGGAUGCGUGGGUCCAGCAGGUGAUUCCGCUCGUGUACAGCGGGCCGGAUCCGACGUCCGUACUCAUGAUCUUCCGCAUCCCGCGCCCACCGACCGUAGGUGACAAGUUCUCAUCCCGCCAUGGCCAGAAGGGUACGCUACCGCUGCACAUCAGCUCUCACGACCUGCCCUUCUCCACGACGAGCGGCAUAACGCCAGACGUCAUCAUCAACCCUCACGCCUUUCCGUCGCGCAUGACGGUCGGCAUGAUGCUGGAGAUCAUGACCGCGAAAGUCGGUGCCAUCGAGGGCCGCUUCAUCGAUAACAGUGCGUGGUCAACGGUAGACGACCAGCCGCGAGUGGCGGAGUUGAUCGGCGACGCGCUGGUCAAGGCGGGGUAUAACCGCUACGGCCGCGAACACCUGAUUGACGGUAUCAGCGGGGAGGAGAUGAAGGCGGACGUUUUCAUGGGCAUCUGCGGGUAUCAGCGUCUGCGGCACAUGGUCAGCGACAAGUGGCAAGCGCGGGCGCGUACGGACGCGCACACGUACCGAGCAGUGACCAAGACGGGGCAGCCGGUGAAGGGCCGCAAGCGCCAUGGCGGUGUGCGAGUUGGGGAGAUGGAGCGGGACGGCUUGCUGUCGCACGGUAUUAGUGAGGUCGUCGUUGACCGCCUCCUGCACGUGUCGGACAAAACAAAGGCGUUCAUCUGCCCUCGGUGCGGCAGUUUGCUCUCCCUCUACGAGCGUCACGCCACCGAGUACGGUACGUGGCGCACCUGCCGCUUUUGCGGCGCCGGCGCGGACGAGAGCACCGACUCGAUCGCUAUGGUGGAGAUCCCACAGGUGCUGCGGCUGUGGGCGGCGGAGCUGACGAGCAUUGGCAUUCGCGUUGUGCUGAAGACGUCGGAGCACUCUGACUUUGUGUGA